AAACGUGCGCCAUCUAAUUCUUUCCCCCUUUUCUGUUUCUGGCGUGGACCGGCUCAUGUCUUCCCGUAAAGAAUCAAGUUCAGCGUCUACCGUAGAGAUGGCUUCUACAGGCGGGACUCUGGACUCUCCAGUCAAGCAGAUCCAAAUUGAGGGACUGGUUGUGAUGAAGAUUAUUAAGCACUACCAGGAGGAGGGUCAGGGCAGCGAGGUGGUUCAGGGCGUCCUGCUGGGCCUGGUUGUCGAGGACCGGCUGGAGAUCACCAACUGCUUCCCCUUCCCUCAGCACACCGAGGAUGACGCUGACUUUGAUGAAGUCCAGUACCAGAUGGAGAUGAUGCGUUCCCUGCGUCACGUCAACAUUGACCAUCUGCAUGUGGGCUGGUACCAGUCCACCUUCUAUGGCUCCUUUGUCAGCAGAGCUCUGCUAGACUCCCAGUUCAGCUACCAACACGCCAUCGAAGAGUCAGUCGUUCUCAUUUAUGACCCCAUCAAAACGGCCCAAGGAUCCCUGUCCCUCAAAGCGUACAGGCUAACCCCCAAACUCAUGGAGAUCUGCAAAGAGAAGGACUUCACGCCAGAGGGCAACCACUUGGAGAAGAGUCUUCAGCUUCUGAUGGACAGGGUGGAUGACCUGAACCAGGACAUUGUCAAAUAUAACACCUACAGCCGCAACCUGAGUAAGCAGCAGCAGCAGAAGCACCAGUACGUCCAGAGGCGGCAGCAGGAGAACACCCAACGGCAGAGCCGAGGAGAGCCCCCGCUGCCUGAAGAGGACAUCACCAAACUGUUCAAGCCUCCCCAGGCUCCACCACGCAUGGAUACGCUGCUCAUUGCAGGGCAAAUUAACAACUACUGCCAGAACGUGAAGGAAUUCACCUCACAGAACCUCGGGAAGCUGUUCAUGGCCGAAGCUCUCCAAGGCCACAACUAAGGCUGAGAUGAAAGAGCGACGUGGUUCGGGAAGGACAAGGGUGCUGUCAGCUGCAGGAGUGCUCACCAUCAUUUAUCCAAAAUAAACUAUUCACUGUUUUUAAUGCUUGGAUAAAAUUAUAUUUGAUGCUUUGAUUCAAAUAAAAGUCCUGCCUCUCUAA